GCAGUACCGAUUUUCAGAGCAAUCAUGAGCCAUAAGGGCGAGGAAUGCUAUUCGAAAGUUUUCGAAUUUAUGAAACAAAGUUGCAGAAGAUUCAAGCCAACAGUGUACAUGUCUGAUUUUGAAAUAGGGAUGCAUAACGCCGUGGAAGCAGCAUUCCCUGGCAUUAAACCCACCCAUUGCUACUUUCAUUAUGUCCAGGCAAUAAUAAAGAAGUCGAAAGAGUACGGUAUAAUUAAUAAAACCAAGGUUAUACCUUCAUCAAGUCCUGAAGUUUACAUAGUAAUCAAACAAUUCAUCGCUUUGGCUCUCUUACCACCUUCUUUAAUCAUACCGACCUUCAAACAAUUACAAGAAACAGUUACUCGUGACUUUGGAAAUUAUUUCGAAAAGCUGUUUUCUUACUUUGACGGUUACUGGUUGAAAACCAUCAAGCCGAAGGAAUUCUCCGUUUAUAAUAUUAGAGAAGAUCGAACAGAUAAUUUUGAAGAAGCAUCCAAUCAUAUUUUGAACCAAUUACUACAAAAAAACCCUAACCCAAAUAAAUUUUUAGGUCAGCAAAAUAAUGAAGGUAUGUGCAAUGGAUACAAGGGUUAUUUGGAACUCCAUCCAAAUGGACAAAUUUGUUAG